AUGGGAAGCAAUCGCGGGUUUCCUGGUAUGUUAGGGAGCAUUGAUUGUAUGCAUUGGAAGUGGAAAAAUUGUCCUACUGCACGGAAAGGUAUGUAUUCUGGUCACAUCCAUGAACCAACUAUUAUUUUAGAGGCUGUGGCUUCUCAAGAUUUAUGGAUAUGGCAUGCCUUUUUUGGGAUGCCCGGAUCUCAUAACGGCAUCAAUGUAUUAGAUCGUUCUUCUGUAUUUUCACUCCUUACUCAAGGUCAUGCUCCUCCAGUCAAUUACUCAAUUAAUGGAAAUGAUUAUACAAUGGGAUACUAUCUUGCUGAUGGUAUAUAUCCGCAAUGGGCAACAUUUGUCAAAACAAUCUCAUCUUCACAAGGGAAUAAACAAAUAUAUUUUGCAAAAGCUCAAGAAUCGGCAAGGAAGGAUGUUGAGCGAGCAUUUGGUGUGCUCCAAGCACGUUUCGCGAUUGUGCGAAGACCUGCACGUUUUUGGAAAAUGGAAAUAAUGGAAGAUAUUAUGAUGGCAUGCAUAAUAAUGCAUAACAUGAUUGUUGAAGAUGAGAGGGAUGCCAAUGGAUUGGACUUUAAUUAUGAUACAAUUAGUGAAAGUUUUCCACCAGUGUCUCAUGAGCGUACACCAGAACUUUUUGAAUUCAUUCAAAAUCAUUAUCGCAUCAGAGAUAGAGGAACUCACUCCAAACUCAAACAAGACUUGGUCGAACACUUGUGGACACUACAUGGAGACUCCUUGUGA